AAAAUAUCACUGCAUAAAGUCAUAAAGUUUAAACAAUCUCGAUGGUUGGCAUCGUACAUCCAAAUGAAUACAGAAUUACGUAAAAAAGCCUCCAACAAGUUUGAACAAGAUCUACCAAAAUAUGUAAUCAAUUCCAACUUUGGUAAAACAUUGGAGAACGUGAGAAAACAUCAAAAUAUUCAACUCAUUUGUAACGAAGAUAAAUUAUCAAAACUGGUAGCGAAAACGUCGUUUGGUCACACCGCAAUAUUUAAUGAAAAUCUUGUAGCUGUACACAUGUAUAAAGAAAAAAUUAAUUUUUUUAAACCCAUUUUUAUUGGACAGGCCAUGCUGGUUAUUAGUAAAUGUAUCAUGUACAAGUUUCAUUAUGAUGUAAUGCAACCAUUUUAUGGUCCUAAAAGACUUAGACUCGUGUAUAUGGAUACAGACAGUUUUAUUUAUUUAAUAUUAACGCAUAGUUUUCAGGAUGAUUUGAAAAAAUAUCUGUUUGAAUACUUCGACACUUCCAACUAUCCCACUGAUCAUCCAUGUUACAGUGAUAAACGUAAAAAACAACCGGGUACAUUUACCGACGAAUGUAAAGGUAUGCAUAUGGAGGAAAUUGUUGCACUCUUGCCCAAAGUCUAUGCGUACCUGAUUGCCUACAAAAAUUAUAAAAACGUUUUGCGGCAAGAAGAAGUGAAGCGAUUAAAGGGUAUUAGUAUGGGUGUAGUGAAACAUGAAAUAAAUAUGGUUGACUAUUUAAAUUGUUUGCGAAAUAAACUAAAACAAAUUCACAAGAAAAUUUCCAUCAUACGUUCAAAACAUCACAAUGUUUUGACGGUAAAAACCAGGAAACUCGCAUUGUCCAACAACUAUGACAAGCGUGCAAUAGUCGGUGACGAGUUUGGAUAUAAAAAUGUAUAUACAAAAGCGUGGGGACAUUAUUCUUUAAAUACAUAACAAUUUAUUUUGUAUAAAAUAUAUUAUUGUAUU